CACGGUUGCGCCACGACGGGCGGACACACACAGGAGCCGCUUGCUCUCUCAUCGGGACCAUCCCUCGAGGCGACCUACCCUAUUCGCCAACUUACUUGCCUACGUACCUCGCUCCGUCACUUCCAUCGUCCACGUUUCUUCGAGCACGAAGCCCGCGGACCGAGUGUUGAUCGCGACGGGAGUUUAUCGCGCGCGUUUCGCCGAACUGUCGUCAGUCAAGACAUCCUAAAAGACCGCAAGAACCGAAGACCGGGCCAGCUUUAGCCAACAGAUACGCGCGAGAGUAGCAGAGUGAAGUCGGCUCGCCGACGGGGGAUAAUUACGCAGGUAGAGGAGAGUGUUGCGGCCGACGCGUGUGAUCGAGACGGUGGACUAGUGAGGAGCACGCAUGCCAGUUGGCGCGUCCGGUCUAAGAGGUCCGACGAACCUCGCCAGGGCUCGGAUUCAAUCGUCAACCGAUCGCUCAGUCGGCACGUUUUCCUGAGACGCGACCACCGGUGCGGCCAACUUCAACUGCUGGAUUGGACCCGGCUGGAGUGAGGUUGCCGCUGUUAGUCCUUGAAACCCAAUCCUUUUUCGAGCGGAGGAAUGAAAGGAGACGGUUUCGCGAAGUGCGGAGCGACGAGCUCGGACCCGCACGCGUUUCCCUAAAUGAAGCCUAAGCACGCGCGACUUUCCCUGCGCGUGUUGUCCAGCGUUCGCGUCUGGAACGGAGGUUUCGGCUCACCACGUCGAAGACUUCCAGGAAGAUCGACGUAUGCGCGCACGGAGCAGUGUCGUGACGAGCGAUAGACGGAGCAAUCGGUACCUGAGCACAACGAAACCGUUCGUUCUAACGGAAGUGGAGGAGGAGGACGCAAGAGUAAGUAAGGAUUACACACUGAGUGUCCUGAUAAGGGAAGCGCGUAAAUUCCCCGACGUCCCGUUUUUCGACGCGGAGCGCGCAGCGUUCGCCUUGCCGACGGCCGGCGAACGUCGACCCGCACGUUUCCCAAGAAGGUAGUUUCCAGCGAUACACCCACGUUAUUUCCCCCGUUGCAACGAGAGAAGAGAAAGAUCGAGGCGCGAAUCGUAUUAACCACGCAGGUAUCGGACUAUUAAGGGGUUCUAAUUUUCAUGAAGAUACACGAAAACACCUGGGGCCUACCGGAGACGCACACUACUCCACGUCUCUUCCUCGCGUCGGUCGCGCGCGAUACGACCGGCAGAUUGGCUUCCGACGGUCUCAGAACGAGCAUUCUGUAAACCGGUGAAACGCUGUCGCACGACGACCACCGUCGGACGUGGACGGCGAGCGUAAUGUCAGGGCCUAUCAGAUCCGGGAAUACUGCUCGGUCAAUUUCUUUGAUUUCGCGUGGGAUCCCAUCGAGAAUGGCGCCGACGGUUUCUUAAGCCCUCGGCAGGUAGUCUCUCGCCAGUAUCUACUUUUUUCUGCGCGCUCACGGAACACCAAUCGGUAUCUCCGAGAUAUACAACGACACGUUCGAUUUACGAUCGAGUUCCUAAACGUUGGGAGAGAGAAGUCUCCCGCGAACGAAACAGAACAACGAGAUCCAAUCCAAGAGACUCAGGCACUCUUCGCGACAUCGAGAAUCGUACGAUCGAGAACUCAGUUAGACGUAAGCUCGCACCGUCGAAUGUGCGCUCCGACGUCGGCCGGUAGCCCCGACACGGCCCAGAGUUCACUUUCAACCACUUCGGUCUACUCAGGACGCGUCCGUCGGUAAACCGUCGCGACGCGAGGAUCCGAGGAUCGCUUCGUACCCGUUCGCGAACACGCGGUCGAGGAUGUCGCACGUUUGAGUCCGCGCAAUCCCGCCAGUUCAAGGACACACGGUGGAAGAUGCCGCAGCAACAGCAGCGAUCGGCCUUCGCGAUUCAGGAGCUGCUGGGCCUCGAUGGCACCGGCAACAGGAGCGGUACCGAUCGCGGCUCCCCGCAGGGCUCGCCGCCCGCCGGGGUGUCGGCCGUCUCGUACGCGCCGGCGGCGCCCCAUCACUCCAAGUUGUGGGAGUACAUGCCCAGCCUGAAUCAUCUCGGCAAUCUCGGUAAUCUGGGGAAUCUGGGCAAUCUGGGCAAUCUUACGGCCUCGCGGAUGGCCUACCUGAACGCGCAGGCGGCCGUGGCGGCCGCCUUUCUACCGCCGCCCCACCCCCACCCGGCGCACCACGUACCGCAUCAUCAGGUACAUCAACCGGGCCAACUUCCGGCAUCGCCACCUGGCGUCAACCUGCAUCCCGCGGCGCAUGCGCAGCACGUACUUCCGGGCACGGCGGUCACCACGAAUCAUCAUCAGCACAGCCCGACUCAACACACGCCGCCUCAUGGAUUUUCCCAGUCGAAAGGAUCAUUCUCGAACGCGAGUCCAGGUGUCGGGCACAACAUAGAGUCGGGCAAGGACUUCACGGUGGACGGGCUCUCGGGUUUCAGCAAAAAGAAGAAGAAGAAACGCCGUCAUAGGACGAUCUUCACGUCACAACAGCUGGAGGAGCUGGAGGCAGCCUUCAAGGAGGCCCAUUAUCCGGACGUCUACGCCCGCGAGAUGCUGAGUCUGAGGACCGAUCUACCUGAGGACAGGAUACAGGUGUGGUUCCAAAAUCGGAGAGCGAAGUGGCGUAAGACGGAGAAGUGUUGGGGCAGAAGUACCAUAAUGGCGGAAUACGGUUUAUACGGGGCGAUGGUGCGACAUUCCCUGCCGCUUCCGGAGACCAUUUUAAGAAGUGCCAAGGAGAACGAAUCCGUUGCACCGUGGCUGCUAGCUCAAUCAUCUAAGACAAGCGGCUUUAACCAAGAUUUCGAAAAUAAUCAAGAACUGAUUGACUGUGGACCCGUAGGGAUGCAUCGGAAGUCGCUCGAGGCGGCGGAGCAUCUCAAAUCCGGCGGAGAGGACAGCGGCAACGACCAUAACGGAAGCGGAAACAGCCCCCAUCAUAAUCAUCAUCAAGGAGGACCAACCAGCUCGGAGAGCGGACAGGAGAGUCAGGAUGGUAUGGGACCUUCGUCGUCCACGAGCGUCGUGCAGGAUACGGAGCAGCUGAGAAACGAGAGUAUCGCCUGCCUGAGGGCGAAAGCGCAGCAGCACCAGCUGCAGCUGAGUCUGCAACCGACGUCGGCGCCGCCGAGCGGCUCGUACCCGUCGGCGCCGCAGUCCAGCACGCUGCACGCCUCGGUUUAAUCGCGAUCGCGCCGAUUCCGCGAUACUUAAUGACUGACAGUUCCGCGUACGAUAUUUCCCCCUUUUCGCCGUUAGCGCAUGGAGCUGGCACACCGGGUCGUCCUGUCGGCCCGGAACGGCCAAGCCGAGGAUCCCCGCGGGGAUCUCUCGCGGACGAAUCGGCAGCACCGAUCUCGAUAUCAGUGAUAUUUUUUUAACGGGUAUCUCCUCACGCCGCCAGGACGGGUCGAGGCUCAACGAUCUCUCCGCGGUGUCACUGGUGGAGAUUAGCUCCCGAUUACUCCCUCCGUUCCCGUCGACCUUCUCCUCCGGAUUCAAAUUCUAUCCGGAGCGAUCGGAGAUACACAGCUCGCCGGCGGAUUGCUCCCGGCAGGGAAUUAUUCGAGAUUCCUAUCGCUCUUGAUUCGUCCCCGCUGAUUGAUCAACCGGCAAGGAGCUCGCCGGAAGCACGCUCCGUAGUUUGACGCGCUAAUUAGAACGGUUUACUCGCGAAGCGGUUAAAUGAGACGACGGAGGCGGAAGCGGGACGUCACGGGAAUAAUCCGGAGCUGGUCUCGCGUCCAGGAAGCGGCGGCGAUCGUCGUGGCGAUCGCGCGAAGUCCUUGCGGCGAGGAGCGUCGUCCCCGACGUCCACGUCCCUCCGUCGCGGCCGCAGGGUGGACCGUGAAGGUCGCGGACGCGCGUACGCGUGAGCACAACGAAACGUGAGCGAAUCGUCCGGGCGAUCGAGCGCCCGUCUCGCAUCGGUCUGGCCGAAGAUGUGCGUGGGUCUCGACUCGUCGCGGAUUCGCCCAGAAAUCGAUCCUCCGCAACGACCUGACGAAUGUCUCUAUGUACAAUGACGAAUGACGACGCUCGAACGGCGCCCGCGUCUCGGGACGAGACGAAGCGAAACGCCGGGCGGAACGAGCGAGCGCCGCGGGAACGGAACAAUGAAACUAAUUGUUAAGCUUAAUCCUCAUCAACGAAGCAGUAGCCUACCAACGACCGGUGCAACGUACAAUGAAGAAUCAUCGAUCGAGCAGCUGCGGAUGAUCUCGUCGUCGACGACGGCCGUGCGCGUCCUCUUCGUAAGGAGGAAGAUUUCUCCCCGAGGAAGGUCGUCGGCGAAGGUCGAGGCGUAAUUACUCGGCUCGGUCGAUAAGUCGAACGGACUGACGGAUGAAGAGCGAACGGAAAUACCUAAUUAGGAGCUAUAAUCGCUUUUAAUAGCGCGAUGAUGCGUGUUUGUGUGUGUGCGCGCGCGUGUGCGUGUGUACAUGUGUGUGUGUGUGUGGAUCGGUGCGUGUACAUGUGCGUGAGAGAGCGAAGCGUGUCAGGAACAAUCGAAGAGAUCGCCUUCCGAGCGUCCACCAGCAACGAAUGUUGAGCAACGCAGAGGAUGAGAGAAAUAGAAAGCGAGCAACCGCGGGAUAUUUAGCAAGGUAAACGGAUCAUAUAGACACACAUCGAAGAAACGAGGUCGAAGACUUCUACUAUACAUACAUAAAAAAAAGCUCCCCUAUAUAAGACUUACAAGUUUAAGGCAAUACGCAAGCAUCGAAAGCUGAUUCGACCGCUAAAUCUGCGUGUGAUAUAAAAGAGAGAGAGAGAGAGAGAGAGAAAGAGCGUAUGUGUGUGUGGGUGUAUUUGUGUGU